AUUCACACCAUUAUUGUAGCAUGAGCGUCAUAUAUGCCGACGGGACCCGUAAAUAUAGGGGUUGAAGUGUAAAAUAUUGAGGUGUUUGGGAAACAUGAUAUUUUUCAAAUGCCUGGAUAAGAAGAUUUAAAGAAGAAGUUUGUGGAAAAAUAAAAGUAGUAACCCAUAUUUACGGUUUGCAGCGAUUGUAAUUUUGCUUUGUUGGAUUUGAUGUCAAGGUAUGACAAUUUUAUAUCGCUUUUCUAGUUAGGUACCUAAGUGUUACAAAACUACGUUUUCAGGCCAAGCAUUUAUAACCACAGCUUGAAAGAAUUUUAAUCACGAAUCAAGAAUCAAGGUUGUUUGGGCUCUGGAAGAAGACGUCGAGGUCUAUGUUGUAUAAGCCCAUUUCUUUUUUGAAUUACACGUUCUUCUACACCAGAUAGCGGUGUCCGACUUCUCGCGCUGACGAUGGCGCCGCUGCCGGUGCCGCUGCCGCUGCUGGGCCAGCUGUCUCGGGCGGCACGCGGCCCCGUGUGGCUGGCGGCGCGCGGUUACCAGCAGGGCGGCGCGCCGCGGCCGCCGCUGCCGGAGGAGGCCGACACUGUGAUCUGCGGCGGCGGGCUGCUGGGCACCUCCAUCCUGUACCACCUGGCUGAGCGGGGCCUGGCGCCGCACACCGUCCUCAUGGACCUCGGACAACUGGGCAGCGGCGUGACCAGUCUGGCGGCCGGUAUCGUCUCCAUGAACCAGCUGACGCGCGCCCAGUCUAAGCUGGUGCGGAAGAGUCAGGUGCUGUUCCGGCGACUGACUGAGGCCGGAUAUGAUGUGGGGAUGGAAGAGUACGGCAGCCUCCACCUGGCCAGGAACGAGGAGAGGAUGCAGCAGUACCGCCGGCUCACCGCCCUAUCAGAGUCUCUGGACACGGAUUUCCAGAUGCUGACACCGGACCAGGUGCGUCUGCACUGUCCGCUGCUGCGAACCGAGGACCUCAAGGGCGGCCUGUGGAUCCCCUCGGACAUUACCGCCAGCCCGCUCAAACUCACCCGGACUCUGGCCGACAUCGCUCAGCAGAGAGGCGCCACCAUUAUGGAGCGAGUUCGAGUUCUGCGCGUGCUGAGCGACGGCCGCCGGGUGACGGGCGUCGAGACAGACGUUGGCACCAUCCGCUGCAAACGGUUCGUCAACGUGGCAGGGUACUGGAGCCAUGACCUCGGAAAACUCAGCGAGCCCAAUGUCAAGGUGCCGGUGCAUCCGUGCGAGCACUAUUUCCUGGCCACCAAGCCGGUGGACUCAAUGGAGCUGCCCGACUUCAGCGAGAUGCCCUCGGUGGUCGACCCCGACGGUCGGAUCUACGUGCGCGCCAAGGACGGCUGCAUCGUGGCCGGCGGCUUCGAGGAGAACGCCCAGCCGGCAUUCGAGGAGAUGGAGUUCAUGCCAGCUCGGUUCGACUCGGAGUCGCUGCAGCCGGACUGGGACCACUUCUACGGCCUGCUUCACGAGAUUGUGCACCGCGUGCCGGGCGUGGGGGACGCCACGCUCGACCGGCUGAUAUCGUCGCCCGAGACGUACUCGCCGGACGGACAGUGGAUCAUGGGAGAGGUGCCCGAGCUGGAGAACUAUUUCGUGGCGGCGGGUCUGGGCGCCAGCGGCACGGCAGCGGCCGGCGGCGUGGGCCGCAUCAUGGCCUACUGGAUCGUCGAGGGAGAACCGCACCUGGACGUGUAUGAGAUGGACGUGCGCCGCUUCCUGGCGCUGCACAACAACCGCACCUUCCUGAGGACACGGAUCCACGAGGUGCCCGGCCAGUGUAUGCGGAUACCCUGGAUGUUCCCCGAGUACCGGUCGGGCCGGCGGCUGCGCACCUCACCCAUCUUCCCGCGAAUGAAGGAGUGCGGCGCCCAGUUCGGCGCCGUGAUGGGAUACGAGCGGCCCUCCUACUUCGAUCCGGCGGCAGUCACCGUCAGCAGCACUGAUCGACAGACGACAUCCGGCAACCCCCAGCGGCGAGCAGAGUUCUCCAUCGCCGUCACGGACUCGUUCAGCAAGCCGCGCUGGUUCGACCGGGUCGAGGAGGAGUACAACGCGUGUCGGGAGCGGGUAGCCAUCUCAGACUACUCGUCCUUCACGAAAAUCGACCUGAUGAGCAAGGGCGACGAGGUGGUGCACAUGCUGCAGUACCUGUGCAGUAACGACGUCAACGUGCCCGUGGGCAACAUCCUGCACACGGGCAUGCAGAACCGCCACGGGGGCUACGAGAACGACUGCAGUCUGGCCCGCAUCGCGCACAACCACUACAUGCUCAUCUGUCCGACCAUCCAGCACGGCCGGUGCCGCUCGUGGCUGCAGCGGCACGCACCCACCGAUGGCAGUGUCGUGGUCUCCGACAUCACCUCCCUGUAUACGGCGCUGUGUGUCAUGGGACCGCUGGCCCGCGAGCUCAUGUCGGAACUGACUGACCAGGACCUCAGUCCAAAGAGCUUCCCGUUCUUCACAUUCAAGGAGAUGGACGUGGGUAUGAUCGCCGGAGUCCGCGCCAUGAACAUGACACACACUGGCGAGCUCGGUUGGGUGCUCUACGUGCCGAACGAGUACGCGUUGUACGUGUAUGACCUGUUGAUGGAGAGGGGACAGGACUACGGUGUGGCGCUGGCCGGCUAUUUCGCCAUGCGCUCGCUGCGCGUGGAGAAGUUCUACGCGUUCUGGGGCCAGGACCUGGGCACCACCACCACGCCGCUCGAGUGCGGACGGGGAUUCCGGGUCAAAUUCAACCGAGACAUGGACUUUAUCGGCCGGGAGGCGCUGCUGCGUCAGAAGGCCGAGGGCGUGAAGCGGCUCUACGUCCACUUCACCGUGCAGGAGCACGACCCGUCCGACGACCCGUGGGCCUGGGGCCACGAGCCGAUCCUGCGCGACGGCGCCUACUGCGGCCUGGUCACUACCUCCGCCUUCGGAUACAGCCUCGGAAAACUGGUAUGUCUGGGCUUCGUGCAGGACCUAUCAGCCGGCUCACCCUCGGUCAUCACCAGCGACUACGUGCUACGGGGCAACUACCAAAUUAACAUCGGCGGCCGCCUGUUCCCGGCCAAACCGUCGCUGGUCUCGCCUUCCCUGCCGACCAAGUAUCAGGAGCCGACGCAGAAGCGUUAUCAGGCCACUCAGCACACCUCGUGGUCACAACGCGGUUAGUCCCCAUACCGGUCGGCCGGUCAGUGCCCCCUUCGCUCUCGCGAUACCGCUAUUUAGGUGUCCGAUUGACUCAGCUAGACGGUCUAGAUUGGUGCGAGUUGUGAGGAGUGUGAGCUACUCCUCAGCGCGGCAGCGUCGUUAGGCGUAGUGAGUCAGCCGUUUUUACUAGGCUGGUGGCAAUGUCUAAUAUCCCUAGUCUCAUAUAAGACACGCGCACACAACGAGACAUGUUCCGUAUGAUCAAGCUCGUCCAGUCACUCGUAUGCGGUUCGCUUCUAUUAUUCAAAGCUGUCGAAGGUGCUUCAGAAGACUUUAGAAGACCGCUGAGCAGCCUGCUGAGCUUUCGACCAGUGUUGUUCAGCUUGUGAGUCUGAGAUGUGAACGCACCAUGUGAGAUAUUUGUGAGCUGUGUGGUGAGCUACUGAGGCACUGUGUUACUCUGUGAGUUGUGCAAAAGUCGGUGACUCUGACUCCAAGUCAUUAAGUCUUCUAGCAUUGUGAGUCAGACGACUGUUGUCGGGGAUUCGUGACUCGUGUAUGAGAUAUGUCGCCUGAAGUGAGUAGUUGUGUGCGUCUGUGUGUGCUGCAUGCGUGUGUGAGGUCCGGCGGCUUCUUGCUGCUCUCUGUGUACGCCUGUGUGUGGAUUGUGCUUGUGCCAACUUCUGGCGAUGCCGUGCAUCCCUGUAGAAGUUCCCAAACAGUCCCAUAACGUGCCAUCGAGUGCCGGGAAGCGGUGGCGUCAACUCCAGAGCUCUGAGUGGAGCAGCGAGGUCGCUACCACUGCGCUGCCGCCGCCGCCGCCGCCGCUGCUGCUGUGAAAACGGGUCGUGUGUUGUUCUCCCGUCCCAAACUACUUAUUAAUGAGCGGGUUUCGAUUCCGCUUUGUGCCCAAACUGUCUGCUCAGGGUGACGUGUUUAGUAGUGUGGCCUUCAACGUCGGAAAACGCCAGGUCGGGAGGUUAAUUUGGCAUUUUGUCCGAAGGAUGCUGCGCUGCCGGUAGCUCGGUAUCAGUCGGAUUGUAUUCUGCACGGAAGGAACGAUUGCCUUCUCAGCUGAAGCUAAUUAGCUACCCAUGCACGGCAUUUCAAAGCACAGGGUAGUCAUUGGCAUAGCGUAGAGUAGAUUCAGGCAUCGGAUCAAACCACGGGCCUUGUGCGGGAUGGGUGCGUAUCCACCAGAUCUGGUCUCCGGCCGCCGCGGUGUCUCCGGCGUCGUGUCUCCCCGAGUGUGCGUCUCCUGUGUGCGGGUCAGCCGGCCGCCCACCGGCCCGGUCUGACCCGGUCGCGGCUGUGCCGUAUUUUGUGGAUUUUUAUCUUGUGUCGCAAUACAGUGUUUUCCGUGUCU